AUGUCGGUCUUUGCAUAUGAAUCUAGGUCCUCAGGUUCUGGUUCUCCUGGCUGUGGUUUUCCUUCGGAAAUUAUACUUCCUGAUAAUUCACCCAGUUCUGUACAAAUCCAAGAUGAACCUAGAAGUAAAAACUACUGGCAGAAGGUUCCUGAAAAAUUCCGCAAUUACACAUUGGAUUCAAUCAUUGACAAUCCGUUAGAAAUUGAGAAUUUCCAGGACUUCCUUGGAAAACAUUUUGCAGGUGUGGAUCUUCAUUGCUGGUUGGAUAUUGAGCAUUUUAGAAAAAUACCACACAAUGCAGAAGAAGAGAGAAAUACCAAGUCCAGAGAGAUAAAGAACAAAUAUUUGAAUCGAAAGUAUUUCUUCGGGCCCAGCAGCCCUGCUACAAAAGCACAACAGAAUGAAAUAAUGACGUUAGCUGGAGGAUGGGGCAAAUUGCUCCAUGAACAAUUGUCUUCAGAGGUUCUAGUUGAAAUACAAAGAUGUAUACGAAGACGUUUGGAAAAUAAAUGGUUGCCAAUGUUCCUGGCCACACCAGAGUUUGCUGGGAGACACCGCAUGCAGGUACAAAUGCAGGAUGUGUUGGAGGACCAUAUGUUGCAACAGAGUAAGAAGAAGCAAAGUGCAUUGAAGCUCAUGAAUAACAGAUGGACUUCCACAUCGAAAGAAAUCGUAACGUUCCGCAAAGCUUUGCUAAAUCCAGUAACAGCCCUCCAAUUUCAACAGUUCGCAUCAUUCAAAGGAGAAUUAAUGGAGAAUAAUGUUCUUUUCUGGCUUGAGGUUCAAAAAUAUAAGGACAUGUGCCAUACUAAAGCAAGUGAUGAAAGCAUUCAGAAUAAGAUUAAGUCCAUCAUUAAUUGUUUCAUCAAUUCCAACGUCAUACCACCUUUGCAGAUUGAUAUUCCACAAGAGUGUGCAGAUAAGAUUGUAAAUGACAUGGAAAAUCAGGGAAUAUAUAUCUUCAGAGAAGCACAGGUAUAUGAAAAGAAAUGUAAAAUACUUAAUAAGAUUUCCAAGUAG